AUGUGGAAGCUUAAGGUUGCCGAAGGCCAUGGACCGUGGUUGUUUAGCACCAACAACUUUCUUGGUAGACAAAUAUGGGAGUUUGACCCUGACCUCGGCACCCCAGAAGAACGAGCACAAGUUGAAAAAGCUAGAACGGAUUACCAGAAAAAUCGAUUUCAAGCAAAGCCCUCUGGCGACAUCCUUAAGCAAAUGCAGCUUAUCAAAGAAAACCAGGCAGAUCUAAGCUUGCCAAACAUACGGUUUGAGAGAAUAGAAGGAAUCACCAGUGAAAUGGUUACAAGUGCUUUAAGGAAAGCCGUGAGAUUCACCUCAGCUGUCCAAGCACAAGAUGGACACUGGCCUGCUGAAAUGUCUGGGCCAUUGUUUUACCUGCCUCCUCUGACCAUGCUUCUGUACACUAGCGGAACCAUGAAUGUGGUUCUAUCAGCAGAGCACAAGAAGGAGAUUAUGCGCUAUAUUUACAAUCACCAGAAUGAAGAUGGAGGAUGGGGAUUUCACAUAGAAGAUCACAGCACCAUGUUUGGGUCAGCAAAUAACUAUGUCGCUCUUCGUUUGCUUGGCGAAAACGUUGAUGGCCCGAAUGGUGAUGCUCUUUCAAAAGCCCAGAAUUGGAUAUUAAAUCACGGAGGCUUAACAAUGAUACCAUCCUGGGGAAAGAUGGGUUUCUCGCUGAUCGGACUGUACGACUGGUCAGGCUGCAAUCCCAUUCCUCCAGAGUUAUUUCUUUUACCUUCCUGUCUGCCAAUACACCCAGGAAAUUUGUGGUGCUAUUUACGGGAAACAUAUAUGCCCCUUGCAUAUUUGUAUGGGAGGAAAUAUGUUGGGCCAAUCACCGAUCUGAUACUGUCACUGAGAAAUGAGCUCUACAAUGAACCUUAUGAUACAAUCAAUUGGAAUGCAACACGACAUUCGUGCCUAAAGGACGAUCUCACCAGCCCUCAACCUUUUAUGCAAGAUACAGUUUGGGACAUCCUCCAUCACGUUGGAGAGCCAGUUUUAAAGCUCUGGCCCUUCUCCAAGCUAAGAGAAAAUGCUUUGCGAAAACUAAUGGCACACAUUCAUUAUGAAGAUGAAAAUAGUAGAUAUGUUAACAUAGCAUGUGUACAGAAGGUACUCCACAUGAUGGCCUGUUGGGCAGAAGAUCCAAAUCCAAACUCAAGCUUUUUCAAAUGUCAUCUUGCCCGAGUUCCUGAUUACUUGUGGGUUGCCGAAGAUGGGAUGAAAAUGCAGAGUAUGGGUAGUCAACUAUGGGAUACUGUUUUUACCAUACAAGCAAUUGUUGCAAGUGACCUCGUAGAUGAAUUUGGUACAACUUUGAAAAAAGCGCAUCAAUUCAUCAAAAAAUCCCAGAUACAAGAAAAUCCAUCGGGCAACUUCCGUAGCAUGUACCGUCAUCCAUGUAAAGGUGCUUGGAUGCUGGCUGAUAGAGAUCAUGGCUGGCAAGUUUCCGACUGUACUGCUGAGGCACUGAAGGCAUCACUACUGCUUUCGAACAUGUCAAUAGAUAUUGUGGGCGAAAUGAUUGAAGUUGAAAGACUAUAUGAAGCUGUUGAUUUUAUUCUAAGUUUACAGGGCAAAACUGGAGGUUUUACCAUUUGGGAGCCGGCAACUUUACCAAAAUGGUUUGAGUUUUUCAAUCCAACACAGUUGUUUCAAAAUGCCAUGGUUGAAUAUGAGUACGUUGAAUGCACUUCCUCUAUUGUUCAAGCUCUAGUACUCUUCAACAAUUCAUUUCCCAUGUACCGGCAAAAAGACGUAAAAGCGUCUAUAAAGAGCGCAACACAAUUCAUUGAGAAAACGCAAAAUCCAGAUGGUUCGUGGUUUGGCUUUUGGGCAAUAUGCUACACUUACGCCUCUUGGUUAGCAUUAGGAGCAUUAGCUGUGUGCGGGAAGACACAUAGCAAUAGUGAAACAGUUCAAAAAGCAUGUCAAUUUUUGCUCUCAAAGCAACAGGAAUCAGGUGGCUGGGGAGAAAGCUACCAUUCAUGCAUUAAAAAGGAAUACACAAAUUUUGAUGGUGAAACAUCUCAUUUGGUACAAACAUCAUGGGCUCUGAUGGCACUUAUACAUGCUGGACAGGCAAAGAGAGAUCCGACACCUUUGCAUAAAGCUGCAAUGCUACUAGUCAAUUCACAGAUGGAUGACGGAUCUUUUCCUCAGCAGGUUUGGCUGUCAAUUCUCUGGUUCUUUACCCGAAUCCAUUGGCAACCUUUCAAAACUCACUGACUUGAUACUGGGUUCCAACAAUUUUGUGGGACAAAUCCCAAGGAGUAUUUCAAAU